AUGUUGUACAUACCAAAGACCUACUUUACCGAGUCGGAACAAGAGGAGCUGAACUACGAUGAGAGGGGUGGCAUCCAUUCUCAGCCACAGAGUCGACAGCAUCAGCAGCUGGUGGCAGGCUUUCUCAUCCCAAGAGCGCUCUUGGGUGGUCUCUUUGCCAGUUGGGUGCGGACCAUGGACAGCGAUGCCAGCGUGGGCGCCGAACGCGGCAAGAGGAACAUCCAGACCUUGGGCGCGCUCAUCUACCUGGGCUGCCAGAAGAAGUACGAGUUGAUCGGAAGCGUCCACGACAUCCCUGGGUUGUCGAGCGCCACUAGCGAUCGACUCACCCAAUUCGGCUUGGACAAGCGGCUGGUUGCGGAAGUCGCGGAGCUCAUUGAGAAGUUGGUGGUCUUCUUUACGCAACCAGACGCUCAAGUCUCCAUGGUGGAGCGCGUCCAGUCGAACCCCUUCGUGGCGGGGAACAUCAAAGUGGCUCCGCGCGACCAUCAUGGCGAAGGUGCCGAGCCCGCCGUGGUGGCGGACGAGGCGGCAGACACGCCGGUGAGUCCGUUUGGGAGCUCAGCAUCGUGGACAAGAUCCGCUCCAUGA